AUGUCCGCAACCCAGAGCGCCCUCAUCAUCGGCGCAACAGGCCAAACGGGCCGCUACCUCCUCCAAAACCUCCUCUCCUCCCCCCACUUUACCCGAGUCGGUGAGUACGGGAGACGCGUGACGGCCUCUGAGCAUAUCACGGCGGGGAAGGACAAGUUGGAGCAGAAAGUUGUUGAUUUUGAGAAGAUCGAAGAGUAUGGGCUUGCGAGUGGGAAGUGGGACGUCGUGUUCAUUACGCUUGGAACUACGAAGAAAGACGCGGGGAGCGCGGAGCAGUUUGAGAAGAUUGAUAGGGAAUACGUUCUCAGGUCAGCAAAGGAAGCCAAAAGCUCUGAGAUCUCUCAACGACUCGUAUACCUCUCCUCAGGAGGCGCUAGCUCUUCCUCCCCGUUCUUAUACCCAAGGAGCAAAGGCCUAACCGAAGAAGGCCUCGCGAAACUGGGGUACAGCGACACCAUCAUCUUCCGUCCCGGGAUGCUCCAAGGCACAGCACGCGAACAUCCCAGACUGGCUGAAACGAUCUUUGGAAAAGUAACCAGUGUCCUCUCCCACCUCUCCGACUCUAUUGAAAUCCAGAUCUCCGCACUCGCAAAAUCGAUGUACCUCGCUGGCAAACUGGGAAGUGACGGGCUUCCAGAUCCCGUAGGUGCAACAAAGGAGGACGACGCGGGCGGGUUUGGGUUCACGUCCAUCAACAAUGCGGGUGCUAUUGCUUUGUCCAAAACGGAGGCAUAG